CGUAUAAAGGGGGCGCAGGCGGGCUGGGCGUUCCACAGGCCAAGUGCGCUGUGCUCGAGGGGUGCCGGCCAGGCCUGAGCGAGCGAGCUAGCCAGCAGGCAUCGAGGGGGCGCGGCUGCCGGCCGGACGAGACAGGCUAACUCGACGCAGGAGAGUCCACCACCGGACAGCCAGCACAUCCACGAUGGAGCGUCUUGUCGCCCGUGGGACCUUCCCAGUACUUGUGCGCACCAGCGCCUGCCGCAGCCUCUUCGGGCCGGUGGACCACGAGGAGCUGAGCCGCGAGCUGCAGGCCCGCCUGGCGGAGCUGAACGCCGAGGAUCAGAACCGCUGGGAUUACGACUUCCAGCAGGACAUGCCGCUGCGAGGCCCUGGACGCCUGCAGUGGACCGAAGUGGACAGCGACUCGGUGCCCGCGUUCUACCGCGAGACGGUGCAGAUUUCUUCGCCAAGCGCAAGAGAUCAGCGCCUGAGAAGUCGUCGGGCGAUGUCCCCGCGCCGUGUCCCUCUCCAAGCGCCGCCCCUGGCGUGGGCUCGGUGGAGCAGACCCCGCGCAAGAGGCUGCGGUGAGCCAAAGCCCAAAGAGCCCCGAGGGAACCUGCCGGGGCAGCGGACGUUGGAAGGGCGCUGGGCCUCGGCUGGGACCGUUCAUGUAGCAGCAACCGGCGGCGGCUGCCGCAGAGCAGCGUUCGGUUUUGUUUUUAAAUUUUGAAAACUGUGCAAUGUAUUAAUAACGUCUUUUUAUAUCUAAAUGUAUUCUGCACGAGAAGGUACACUGGUCCCAAGGUGUAAAGCUUUAAGAGUCAUUUAUAUAAAAUGUUUAAUCUCUGCUGAAACUCAGUGCAAAAAAAAGAAAAAAGAAAAAAAAAAGGAAAAAAUAAAAAAACCAUGUAUAUUUGUACAAAAAGUUUUUAAAGUUAUACUAACUUAUAUUUUCUAUUUAUGUCCAGGCGUGGACCGCUCUGCCACGCAAUAGCUCGGUUAUUGGUUAUGCCAAAGGCACUAUCCAUCUCCCACAUCUGGUUAUUGACAAGUGUAACUUUAUUUUCAUCGCGGACUCUGGGGAAAGAGGUCACUCACAAGCUGUAGCUGCCAUACAUGCCCAUCUAGCUUGCAGUCUCUUCGCGCUUUCGCUGUCUCUCUUAUUAUUACUGUGUUUAUCUUAAACUUGAAGACAAAUCUGUUAAAAUGGUUCCUGAGCCGUCUGUACCACUGCCCCGGCCCCUCGUCCGCCGGGUUCUAAAUAAAGAGGCCGAAAAAUGCUGCAACUCCA